GACAUCUUCCAAUAAGAAAUCCAAUCAAAACAUUCUCAUCGAAAGUUAUCGUACAUUUUUCAUAAAAAACUGCUCAAUUUUUGUAUUUAAAACUAAAUCUUCAAUUGCAAAGUGUCCUCAACAUCAGUAAGCGGAAUGGGCCAGGUGAAGAGCCAGUUCAGCGAGGAAGAGCUGCAGGACUACGAAGACCUCACGUACUUCACAAAGAAAGAAAUCCUCUUUGCGCACAAGAAGUUCAAGGCCCUAGCACCGGAGAAGGUUGGCCACAACAAGAACGCUCGCCUGUCGAUGAACAAAAUCCUCCAGUAUCCGGAACUGCGCGUCAACCCGUUCGGCGACCGUAUCUGCAAGGUGUUCAGCAGCUCCAACAACGGGGAAAUCUCGUUCGAAGACUUCCUGGACAUGAUGUCGGUGUUUUCGGACGCCGCACCCAAAUCGGUCAAAGCGGAACAUGCGUUUAGGAUUUUCGACUUCGAUGGAGAUGAUAUGAUUGGGAAGAAUGACCUCAAACAGGUCAUUCAACGGCUCACGGGCUACAACAAUGCCCUCAAUGAAAGCGAUAUCGAUCAACUGAUAACGAAUAUCUUAGAAGAAGCGGAUCUGGAUGACGAUGGUGCCCUUUCGUUUGCCGAGUUCGAACACAUCAUAGAUAAAUCCUCCGAUUUUACAAACUCCUUCCGCAUCAGACUGUAAAAGGACAACGUUUAGCUCAAUUAUUCAGCCAAAGUAUGACCUUUUGGAAUCUCCUUUUUACGAAAACAUCCGAAAAACAUGAAACUCCUCAUCAGAUAUUAGAUUUUUGUGAUUUAGAAAGUUUAUUUACGUCAUUCGUACUCGUGUAUUAUUAUUACGCACAAUAAAUGCUUACUUUAGUAUGGAAAA